GUGUGGUUUAUAAGAAAACAAAACAAAACAAAAGCCGUUCAUCUCGAUCAGAGAAGCAGUCAACGGUUACAGUGUAUGAAUAGAUGAAUAUAGAAACCGCCGAAGUGAGAUCGAUGGAGAAUGAAUCAAACAUCAAUUUCUAAGGAUUCACGUUCGCUGUCGGUGAUGUAAGACGAACACCAACAACAGAAUUCAGAUGCCAUCUUCAAAUCUAAAUCGAUCAAAAAAUAUGUAUAAAAGUAGUGCUCAAGGACCAGUCGCCACUGAACCACGUGCUUCACUGCCUUCAAAAAGCAGCUGCCCACUUCUCUAAUUGGCCAACUAUAUCCACCAAUUGCUUCAUCCUUCAAACCAAUUUCUCAUUCCUGUCCACAUUUUUUGUCAUGGAUCUUUCUCUUAAACUUAGAUCCUCCCCCUCCAGCUUUUCUCUUACUUGCCGGAAAUUUCACUCUCCGAUUAACCAUCCACUUAGACACCAACUACCCAUUGUUCCUCCACCUAGUUUGAAACUCAAGCCCAGAACUUUUUUAACAGCUUCUGGAAAUCGCCAGUUAACUGUCAUGGCCAAGUUAAGCAAGUCCCUUGAAGGUGUUAGUCAAGAGCUCAAUUUAAUUGCUUCGCAGAAUUUGGACCAUGCGCCAGCUCGCAGACGGGUUCGAUCGGCUUUCACUCAGGUGCAACAGCAGCUUCACCAUCCUCUGUUGAAGUUGGCUCCUGCUGGGAUUAAAACAGAGGAGUGGUAUGAAAGGAAUUCAAGUGGUUUAGAACUUUUUGUCAAAAGCUGGAGACCUUCAUCCGGUAUUAAAAUUAAAGGUGCUGUGUUCUUUUGCCAUGGAUAUGGGGAUACUUGCACUUUCUUCUUCGAAGGUAUUGCAAAGCGAAUUGCUGCAGCUGGAUACAUCGUUUAUGCUUUGGACCAUCCUGGUUUUGGUUUAUCUGAGGGAUUGCACGGUUACAUUCCAAGCUUUGAUGGAUUGGUUGACAACAUUAUUGAACGAUAUGCAAGAAUUAAAGGAAGACCUGAACUAAAAGGAUUGCCUUGCUUCUUACUGGGACAGUCGAUGGGUGGAGCUGUUGCUCUCAAAGUUCAUCUAAAGGAACCACAAGCAUGGGAUGGAAUAGUACUUGUAGCUCCAAUGUGCAGAAUUGCAGAGGAUGUGAAGCCACCACCACCAAUUUUGAAGACAUUAAUACUUUUGUCCAGAGUCAUGCCAAAAGCAAAGCUUCUCCCGCAGAGAGAUCUAGCAGAACUGGGCUUCAGAGAUCUUAAGUCGAGAAAAACGGCAGAGUACAAUGUAAUCUGUUACAGUGAUCGAAUGCGACUAAAAACUGCUGUAGAACUCCUGAAGGCUACAGAGGAUAUUGAGGCAAAACUGGACAAGGUUUCAUCUCCAUUGUUGAUUCUUCACGGAGCUGCUGAUAAGGUAACAGAUCCUUUGGUGAGCCAGUUUCUCUACCAGAAGGCCUCUAGCAAUGAUAAAACGCUGAAGCUUUAUGAAGGAGGUUAUCACUCCAUUCUCGAAGGAGAACCUGAGGACAGAAUUCUUGCCAUUUUUGAUGAUAUUACUACAUGGCUUGACUCCCAUUGCUCAACAACAUAAAUAAUUGUAUUAGCUUUUUCAUCCGUUGUAACUUCUAGCAUUGGCUUCCUUUUCAAUCUGAAUAGCAAAAACAAUAAAAUCACAACUCAUACCUUCAGUAAA